AAAAAAAUUAACAAAGAAUUUUUUUUUGGUUGUUGAGUUCGACAUAUGGUACUUAACUUGGAACCAAGCAAAUCCCAUAAUAUUGUUACAUAGAUGACAGAACAUUCGAGAAGAAAAAUCAAGUCAAUAAUACAAAGGGGGUAAAGAAAAAAAUGGAGUGGAAAAAAUCAAGCGUUGAAAAUGAUAAUUAAACUAAUAGCAUUGUUUUCUAUGACGGAAGAAGACAAUUGGAAGGAAGCAUUUAUUGGAGAACAAAAUGAGAGGAUGGUGAACAACCCAAAGAUUGAUCUCUUAGUUGGUUGAGUUUUAUUGUUUUCUUUGAAUUGACAUAACCAUAGUCGAUUUAAUAAAAUUAGGAUAUUCUGAAAUAGACCCAAAAUAAACCUUCUUGCUAAUGGUGCAAAAGACUGUUUUGAAGGUUGAUGUUUCUUGUGAUAAAUGCAAGAAGAAGAUCCUUAAAGCAGUUUCAGGACUGCCAGGUGUGGAAAAAAUUGAAAUUGAUGACGCAAAAGGGACUUUGAGUGUAACGGGUGAUGCUGACCCGUACGAGGUCAUUGUUAGAUCAAGAAAAGCUGGCAAAUUUGCUGAGGUGAUCAGUAUUGGGCCUCUACCAGCUCCUCCAAAACCAGAUGGACAGAAAAAGCCCGACCAGAAACCCAAACCACAACCCGAGCCCCAGCCCAUGGCCCAUAUGUAUGGUCACAUUAUGCCCCCAGUCUGUGCUUGCUGCCAGAGAUCGCCACAUGUCGUUCACAUGACACAUAGGGAAGAACCCACCCCACAAUGCUCUAUUUUGUAGCACGUAGCUCUUAGUUGCACAAUUUUGUAAGCAGACAAGUCCAUAAUGUCACCAAGAAGGACCAAUCAGUGUUAUAAGUUCGAAUACGUAGGGGCGGAUCUACAGUGUUGACUGAGAUUUCAUGAUUACUCUUGUUGGCUGUUUCUU